UUUAGAGGGGAAAAACCCAAUCAAAGUAAAAUCUAGUGUCACACGCACAAGCCGAUUCGCCGUCAUCCAGCUCUGCCAAAAUCAGCAGCACCGCUGCAUCUUUCUCGUUCUCUCCCCCUCUUCCUUUAGCUUCCUGUGUCAGUCCUAGAUACGUGGAAGGGAAGCAGCGAAGAUGAGCACCGGCAAGAAAACUGGUCCUCCCAAACAUCAGAACAAGAUUGCAUGGAAACCUAACGCUGGUGUCAAGAUCAAUGAAACUGAAGUUGGAGGACGAUUUAGACCUUUAUCUGAGAUAACUGGAGUGUGCCCUCGCUGUAAGGAACAAAUUGAUUGGAAACGGCGUUAUGGAAAAUACAAGCCUCUUCAUGAACCUGCUAAGUGUCAAAGAUGUUCAAAGCGUGCUGUUCGUCAAGCUUACCAUAAUUUAUGUUUUGCUUGUGCUAAGGAGCAUCGUGUUUGUGCAAAGUGUUGUUGCCGUGUGGAGCGUAUAGUUGGAAGGGACUCUUCAGAAGUUGAGGCUGAGCAAAAGAUGCUUGAGGAGGCCAUUAAGAAUGCUAGCGAGAGAGAAAGGAGAUCCCUAUUGCGUGCUAUGAACAACAAAGGUAAAUCUAAAAGUUCAAAAGAAUCUUUGGCAGAUACAAAUGAUAACAAAGUAGGGCAAUUGUUUCCAAAUUCAUCCCUGGAAGAUUAUGCCAAAAAGAAUGGAGUUGUCGGGAAACAUGAUGAUGGUAAAAUUUGUGAUAGCAAACAUGAUAAUGAUGAUGAAAGUGAAGAGGAAGUUAAUGAUGACGAAGAUGAUAAUGAUAGUGCGAAUGAAGAACGCGACGACGAUGACAGUGACAAAGAUGAGAGCGACCAUGAUCAAAUGAAUGCCAAGAAGGAAUGAUUAAGGAUAAUUGAGUAUGUCUUUUUUGACAGCGACAAAGAUGAAAAUGUUGCCAAGGAAUGAUUAAGGAUAUUUGAGUAUGUCAUUUUUGCAGAAAUUACAUUGUAGGAAUACCGACAUCUUUGUAGCCUGUGUUUCCCAUAUUUAUUACUAGAUUUUGGGUGAAUUUUGUUUGUGUGGAAUACAAAUUUUGAAUUUUAUCA